AUGGUAGGGUGUUGGUUGUUGGAUGUGUUGGAUAUUGUAUUAAAAAAAGGUAAGUAUUUUUAAUAAAACAAGAUAAACUGAAAUCAACAUUUUAGGAUUAGGAGAUAUAAAAAUUAUCAUAAAUGAUUUAUGAAAAAUCUAUUACCACUAUUCCAAAGUGUGAGCCAAGUGUCUUCAGGUUUUCUACAUUAAAGAGUCAAUGUUAUAGGUUAAGAAACCUAAUCUGA